UAACGAGACAUAAUCCACUUCCAAGCCUUUUCCCAUUUGAAAGAUAAGAACUUCAAAUAGAUGGCGAAUAUUCCCCAACAAAGCCAUUUAUUGUAUUUGAUGGCCGUUAAAGUAAGCCAUUGCAACGGAGUUCAUUGACCUAGCGGUGGUCCGACAAGCUGUCAGCAUGUUCUUCCAUAAACGUUCCUUUCACGGAUGGUUAUCGCCUGUCCUUUGAUUGUCGUUAUUCCCGUGCGGUCACAUGCAAACGAGAGAGAGAGAGGGAGGCGGCCAAGAAGUAUAUAAACAAGAACGUCUUCAUGUCAUCGCCACCUUGAUUUUCCUCCACCACCACCGCCGCCGCCGCUAUGUCUUUCGCCGGAAGAUGGGAAACUGAAACCCAGGAAGGAUACGACGCAUUCUGCAAGCUGCUUGGUAUCCCCGCUGACAUCAUCGAGAAAGGCCGCGACUACAAGCUGAUCACGGAGGUGACCCAGGAUGGAAACGACUUCUCCUGGACUCAGGUCUACCCCACCGACGCCAAGGUCACUAACAAAUUCACAGUUGGCAAGGAAUGCGACAUGGAGACCAUCGGAGGGAAGAAGUUCAAGGCCACCGUGUUGAUGGAGGGAGGCAAGCUGAGCGUCACCUUCCCAAAUUACCACCACACCUCCGAGAUCAGCGGGGGGAAACUCAUCGAGACCUCCACGGCCGGCUCUGUCGUGCUGAAGAGAACCAGCAAGAAGCUCUAAACCGCUUGGUGACCUCUUCUCAGA